ACAAUGCGCAAUGAAAUAACAAUCUUUAAACGUUAGGGGCUCAAAAUAGUGAUUUAGAGAUCUAUUGUUAAAACGUUUUGCCUUAAUACCAUGUUGUUUACCCGACUGGAAAACUGAAGUAUUUUUUGUUGCAAAUUUUGUUUUUCAAAAAUGUUUUACUUAAAUAAAGAGAAGAUCAUUAGUAUUCAAAACAUAUUGGUCUCUGGAUAAGGAAAAUCUCUAGACAGAGAACAAUGUAGUGAGUUGCUACAUUUUCUGGACCUUUGGUGACAUGAAGUAUAUCAGAUGUAUUUGUAGAAUAAAAUUCCACUUGCUUGAACAAGAUUGACAGGAAGAUGUGCCACACUUACUAAACAACAAUGGGAGCAGGUGCGUCUAGCGGCCGCCGGGCGGUAGCUCAACAGCCACCGCGAACAGGAAUUCAACCAGUGUUCAAUAAAACUACGACGAAUGUAGCGGCUAGUCGGUUAACCGAACCAAGACUGUCUCAAGAAAAUGCAAUAUGGACAACGCAGCAAGGGGUCCGUAUGGUUCAGUUACCUACGCCUCGUCCUCCAAGAACAAUGAAAGCAGAUAUCUUCUCCAUUGAGAGGUACAAAGAAGUUGAUGAUCAUGUUCUGUGUGCACCUCAACAGCUCCUAACUGGGAGUUAUAACGAACUGAUAGAAUAUCUUACCCGCAGUAAUCCCCGAUGGGACGACGUGUGCAAAGUACGUGCCAUAUUUCUGUGGGUUACAUCAGUUGACGUAUUCGGCCUUAGAGUGGAGGGCGCCCCUCCUGAACAUUCCCCGCUUGAGUAUUUCACACAAAUUUGGUGUAAUAUGGGUAACCACGCCCGCCUGAUAUCAUCAUUAUGUCAAAUGGCAGGUAUCCCGUGUGUCAUUAUCAGUGGAAUGAACAAAAGUGCUGCGUAUAAGGUAGGUAGCAGAUGUGACCGGAUGGUAAUGGGUGCUAGAUGGAACGCUGUGUUCGUGAAUGGCGACUGGCGCUUCCUUGAUGCAUUCUGGGCGUCAUCGUGCGUGGUUGGAAAAAGGUCGGGAGAAUGGACCCUAGUAGACUCUGACGGAAAUGUUACACAGGAAGCAGAGCAACAGUCUGAAGGCACAUUGCAACACAGGAUAAAUGAGUUUUAUUUUUUCCCAGACCCGGAUAAAUUCGUAUUUACGCAUUACCCUGAUGAGAUACAUUGGCAGCUAUUGGAAAGCCCCAUCACUCUUAAAGAGUUUGAGGAGCAUGUGUACAUCAAAGAACGUUUCUAUGAAUUGGACAUGAAACUCUCGCCCGACAGCCAUGAUAAAUGUGUGAUAACAUCCAAAGAUGGUGAAAUAGAACUAGUAUUUUCCCUGCCUACAGAGCACAGUAAAAAUUUGCGUUUCAAAUACAGGUUAUACCAUGAACAAAAAAAUACUGCUUUUGAAUUGGACACGUUAUUGGAUAGAUUUGUGAUGUUUGAGCAUACAGCAAACGUUCUAAGGUACACGCUCAGAUUUCCCAUUGAAGGUAAAUUCAAGAUGGACAUAUAUGGACUCAAUAUUACAGAGUCUGACAUGUUUGACUUGGUAUGUACGUACAUUAUUCAGUGUAAUGAAGCAAAGAAAAAUUGUUUACCUUUAUUGGACGUGCCUCCUAUCGGCUGGGGCCCUGGUGUAAACACAAAAGAAGCCGGUCUUAAGCCUAUUACCCACGAAAGCGCGAUCAUUGUUUCCGAAGACGGCAACGUUAAUAUUCGUCUCGCAAUGGAGAAAAAUAUUCAGCUACACCAGAUGUUGAAACACGCUCUUAUUGAUGAAGCCACAUUAAGUAAUUAUGCAGUUACUCGGCUUGAGAAUGGGGAGGCUAUUGUUAACAUCCGUUUACCUCAAGGUGGAGAAUACGCUCUUAAGUUGUACGCUGAUGACGCGGGAAAAGAAGGGGUCUCUCCAAACGUUUUGAAUUACUUAAUCAAGAGCGAAGGAGAGAACCUCAAUAAUUUGCCUUUCCCUAACGUGAGCGAUGGAUCACUUGGAGCUAAGCCAGCUGCAGACGCUUUGGGAGUAAAAGCUUUGAGUCAUAAAGGUGGACAUAUUACUGUGAAUAAUAGCAGGGUUAAAAUGGAAUUCCAGGCUAGAAGCGGGUCGCAGCUCAUGGCAGAGUUACACAGUAAUGAUGAACUAGCUUGUAAGACAAUGUUGGUUACAUUCAAUGAAGAAAACGAAAAAUGUGUAUUUGAUUUAGAUCUGCCAGAGGAAGGUGAAUAUUCUCUAAAUAUUUUUGCGUGCUCUAACAGUAGUACAAACAGAAUAUAUAACAUCCAUUCGUACCUUGUGAAAUCGGAAGGUCGGAAACUCGAUGCAGCUGAACUAGAAAUGAGGCAACAGAGCAUGUACAUGCCGACACAAGUGCCGAUGGAAACCGUCCAGACCUCCGAUAACGAGGUUCUGAUACCUAUCCCAACUGGUUUUGAUGAUGUUUGCGCAUCACUUCACAGACGAAAUGCAGUUGACCCACCGAACGCGCACCAAGUUGAUAUCACAGAUCAAGACGGGAUACAGCUGUUCAGAGUGAGACUUCCGGAGUUUGGCGAGUACCAGAUGAAUAUGUACGACAGAGAGAAUGGACAUAUUUUGCGAAAUAUUGCAAAGUACCAGAUCAAUAGACGCUCGCCAGAUGAGCUGUAUGCAGACGACACUAAGAUGCUGAUGCAGAAUCUUGGAGCUCAGCAGCAGGAGGAUGCGGAGGAAUAUAGUAUUCCAGUCAUUAAUAAUAAUAUCGAGACAGACGAAGAUACAAAGAGAAGGCUUGAAGAAGAGCAGCUCGAAGCGAUCAGACGACACAUUCAGAAGGCCGUAGGCAUGAAAAAUCCCGAGAUGUUGGAACGUUAUAUACAAGCUUAUGAGAAACUCAAUCCAUCGUGCGAUGACGAAGCCCUUCUUAAAGCCAAAAGGACGCUCACAGCACUGGGGGCAAAAGAAGAACUGAUACAAGCGUGUCAGAGACGUGACCUAGAUUUUCUGAAGAAAGCUAUUUCACGUGCGAAAGAAGUGAACUACGCUCAUCAGCUUGAUCUGCAGCUAGCCAUGGCAAACAAACUCCGGGAUCAGCUUGAGAGAAUAGAGAAACUAAGGCAUUCUGUACUCAACUUGGACAGUAAGACAAUCGCAGAAAUCAAAACUUAUUCUAGUCCGCCAGAUGGCGUCCACCAAUCUAUGAUGGCAACCUUUAUACUGCUUGGCAGCGCACCAAAAGAAGUUCGGAAUUGGCGGACAUGCCAGGCAUUAGUCGGCAAGACCGGACGAGAGUCUUUGAUGAGACGCAUAUCAUCCUUUGACCCCAAUAAAUGUAGUCUGGCUGUAGCCAAGACAGCCAAUCGUAUGAUAGAGGACUACUCUAUGUCCCAAAUCCGUGACGUCAGCGCUGGGGCAGCUACGUUCUUUGGAUGGUCUCAGGGUAUGAUAGAACAAAUUGAGUCUACAAGCGGAUCUGGAAUCAAUACCAUUACAAAAACACCCUGAAUCAAGUUUAAUAAAGGACAACUCGAAGCAACAAGAAUAGCCAAACUCGCCCGAGUGGUCAUGUCUGUUAAGAGUCUGCUUUUUGUGUUGUUUUAAGGACAGAUUUUACAGCAGUAAGAGAUCAGUUGUGUUAUAAGACAAGUUUUCACUUAAUCUCAUUUUUGCAACACAGUUUUCAUGAAUUACAUUAUUUUUAAGCACCACAUUAUCAAUAAAGAUACAAGGAACGUUAAAGUCAUAAUGCAAGUUUAACAUUACGAAUCCGCUAAAUCAUCACACUGCAUAGAAAGUCAGAAAAG